AGGAUUUAAAUUUGAGUUUUAUCGGCAUGAAUCUGGACACCUUUGUUUUAAGAUGAACAUUUGAUUAAAUGUCGAGGUAGAAUCAUUUUAACAAAACAUUGAACCAAAUUGCGUCAAGUAAUUUAAACGAUUCCUUAAUAAUGAAGACAUCAUAAAAAUUGAAGCAACAAAAUGGCGGAUAAGUGUUUCUUUUCCUUGGUGGUUCUAACAUUCUGUUGUAUUACUCUUGUUUUAUCCAACACUCCAACAAAAUUCAAAACUUGGUUGGGUAGUGAGCCAUAUCUGUCUUACAACAAGCGUAUUUUUCCGCGCUCGAAUCAAAAUGACAAUGUCACAGUGGAGAUCAAAUAUUACCUCAUCGCCAUCAACGGUUUUGAUGAAGUGGCUGGCCAAAUGGAAACAGCAGGCUACAUGAAGGUUAAAUGGAAUACGGAACUUCUAACAUGGUCCUCAACAGAUAUUCCGUCCAUUACCUUACCACAAGAUAAUUUUUGGCUUCCAUCUUUGGUGGUUUCUAAUUCUGUGAAUUCGCUUUUUGAGUUGGGGCAUAAGAGUUACCCCGUCAGGAUAGACAGUAAUGGAGACUGUGAGUGGACCGUGGGGAUCGUGGCUAAGACAGCUUGUGCAGUUGACGUUUCUUAUUAUCCAUUCGACGUACAAAGUUGUAAAGUUACACUAAAUCCUUGGGGAUUCAAUGAUAAUCAGAUUUACCUGAUGUCUACAGAAACUACAAUCGAUCUGACUCAUUAUAUGGAGAAUGUCCAGUGGGAAAUUGUCCAGACAUCUGUCGUAUCAAAAUCUGUCAGCAGCACUUCCUUUCUAAACCUACAAAUAGAAAUGAAGAGACGUCCGGGCUACUUUAUUGUCAACAUGGUCAUCCCUAUUCUUAUUCUUGGACUUCUUAACGGUCUAGUCUUUCUCUUACCAGCAGACUCCGGAGAAAGAGUCGGGUUCGCGAUUACAGCUUUCCUCACAUUUGCUGUAUUCUUGACGAUGGUCUCAGCAAAUUUACCCAAGGCCUCGGAGCCUAUGUCCCUUCUAUGUUAUUUCUUGACUUUAAUGUUAAUAAUGAGUGCCCUGUCCUGUGUCAUCACAAUUAUGACUCUCAGGGUUUAUCACCAAGAUGAAGGUUCCGAAGUCCCAAAAUGGCUGCGGAACGUCGUCUGCUUUCUCAACUUUGAAAAGUUUAAGAAAUGGUUCUGUUCAUCGAAAGGAAGCAAAAAUUCUAUCCAUGCUGACAAUGACGACCUUGAUGAUGACGACGACGAAAUGGCACCUCCUCUCCAAAGGAAGACCGGGUUCGAUGAUGAAAAGUCUGAAGCAUCGUCAGAAGACACCAAAGAAGAAGAGGAGGACGACACUGCACAUGUCACAUGGAUAAAAGUUGGCAAAACUCUUGACAUUUUCUUCUUUACGCUAUUUGUGCUUGGAACCGUAAUUAUCACAGUUUUCUUCUUGGAUUACCUUUGGAAACCAUCACUUGUCCUAUCCAAUUCUGUCGAAUCCCUGAAAGAACUAGGGGACCAGAGCUACAGGAUUCGCAUAGACAAUUAUGGGAAUCACGAAUGGGUGGUCGGGAUCGUGUCGAAGACAGCAUGUUCGGUUGACAUUACUUACUAUCCUUUUGAUAAACAAUCCUGUAACAUUACUUUUAAUCCAUGGGGCUAUACCCAAGAUCAGAUAGACCUGGUUACCGAAAACACCGAAGUUGAUUUGACUCAUUACCAGGAAAACGUAGAGUGGACAAUCGCUAGCACCGUGGUGGAUAAAUUAAUUCUGCACAAUAAUGUCUACCUCAAUUUUGUUCUAAAGCUAGAAAGAAAACCUGGUUACUUCAUCAUCAACAUGAUUAUUCCGAUACUUAUCCUCAGCCUUUUGAACGGCCUAGUAUUUUUACUUCCUGCAGACUCUGGUGAGCGAGUAGGCUAUGCUAUCACAGCUUUCCUUACCUUUGCAGUUUUUCUGUCAAUGGUUUCUGAAAAUCUGCCGAAAGCGUCCGAGCCUAUGUCUAUGCUGUGUUAUUUCCUUACCCUGAUGUUGUGUCUGAGUGCUCUAUCUACUAUAAUCACUAUUCUUAUUCUCCGGGUUCAUCAUCAGCAUGAGGAUUCGGAAUGCCCGAAAUUCCUACGCCACAUCAUUGCAUUUAUUAAGUGUGAUAAAUGCAAAAAGUGGUGCUGUACCCCGAAAAAGGUCAAGGAAAUAAACCCGGAUGAUGAAGAGGAGGAAGAAGACGAACUUGGAGAGAACCCGGAUGAUACAAAACAUAUUACUUGGAAGGUUGCAGCCAGAGUUUUGGACUAUUUCUUUUUCCUUGUUUUUCUUGGAGCAACGUCGGCUAUUUCUGUUUUGUUUCUUAUUCCACUUGCAAUGGCUGGAUAAGAGAGAGAGAGAGAGAGAGAGAGAGAGAGAGAGAGA